GCAUUUCACAGUACAGAUAAAGAAGGCAAGCUAGCCGCGAAGUUGAUAGAUACUACUGCGACUUUUGAUUAUCUGCUGCUUGCUUCCGUUUUUCGGAUAGCGCGCGCGAUCGAUCGAGAGAGAGCCAUGAGCAAGAGGGGCAGGGGCGUGUGGGAGAUGGACACCGCCCGCGUGCUCAUGCUCCUGGCGCAGCACCACCAACACCAACAGCAGCAGCAGCAACAGGCGCCGCUGGCGAUGCGCGGGCGCGUGUUCGAGUGCAAGACGUGCAGCCGGCAGUUCCCGACAUUCCAGGCGCUCGGGGGCCACCGCGCCAGCCACAAGCGCCCCAGGCUCCUGCAGCAGCAGCAGCAGCCCCAGAACGCGCUCGUGAACGACGCGGCAGCGCUCUGCCUGGGGCGGCAGAUCACGCUGCCGCGGCAGCCGCAGCAGAUGCCGGUGCCGGCAAAGCCCAGGGCGCACGAGUGCCCCGUGUGCGGGCUCGAGUUCGCCGUCGGGCAGGCGCUGGGCGGCCACAUGCGCAGGCACCGCGCCGAGGCCGACGCGCCCACCAGCGGCUGCAAGGCGGCGGCGCCUGAGACGCCGACGGCCUGCUGCGACGCCGACGGCGGGAUCUGCCUGGACUUGAACCUGACGCCGUCGGAGAACUGCGCCAAGUGCCGGAGCGUGGCGGCGGGGCUCGGCGCCCGGCAGGGUGUGCCUAAAGCGCUAGCCAUGUUGGACUGCUCGCUUUGAGCGUUUCGAUCGGCGCACUGCUAAACUGUUCUAUUGAUUUUUUGACCCUUUUUCAUUUUGUUACAUUUUGUAAGUUUGGGGGUUCUUUUUCAUCAUGUCCGAUAUAGAUGUCCAUAGGCCGGUGUUUUUUUAUAAUCAAACAUGAACUUUUUUUUGUAUUUCCUUUUGUAAAUAAUACUUCAUGAAAUUUACUUCC